AUGGUUAGAAAGCUUAAAUAUCACGAACAGAAACUUUUGAAAAAGGUUGACUUCCUUGACUGGAAGCAGGACCAGGGUCACAGAGAUACUCAGGUUAUGAGAACGUAUCAUAUCCAAAAUCGUGAAGAUUACCACAAGUAUAACAGAAUGUGCGGUGAUAUCCGUCGUUUAGCGAACAAACUAUCUCUUCUGCCUCCAACUGAUCCAUUCCGUCACAAACAUGAGAAGUUACUGCUGGAAAAAUUAUAUAACAUGGGCAUACUCUCUACAAAAUCCAAAAUUUCUGAUUUAGAGAACAAAGUUACCGUAAGCGCCAUAUGCAGAAGAAGAUUACCGGUUAUUAUGCACAGACUAAGGAUGGCUGAGACAAUACAGGACGCAGUGAAAUUCAUCGAACAAGGUCAUAUUCGUGUUGGUCCAAAUUUGAUAAAUGACCCAGCUUAUCUUGUUACUAGAAACAUGGAAGAUUACGUCACAUGGGUUGAUAACUCCAAGAUCAAGAAGACUGUUCUAAAGUAUAGAAACAAAAUUGAUGAUUUCGACUACGCCUAA